AUUGACCAAAAAGAAGAAGAAAGAAAACCUGAAACCCCAUUGAAAUUCAUCCUGAUUCCUUUUACUAGAAUUUUAUUUCUCCAAUUGGAAAAGAAUAUAAAAAGAAAAUGGUUACAUUUAAGUUUCAUAUAUGAAAAGAACGCAAAUGGACAAAUCGUGUAACUCGUGGACAAAACAAUUCGAAGACACAAUCGUUUUUACCAGAAAAUACAAGAGAAAGAGAGAAAUAAAAUUAUAGGUACUGGAAGGAAAAUUCGAAGUUGAAUAGAAAAUAAUCUCGAUUAGUGAUCUCCCCAUCCCUCUCCCUUUGGCCUGUUCGUUGAUUAAACCAGAAAACAUUGAAUGAUUACGAUAGUAAACGUUAAUUCAAUAGAUGGCUGGACUAUCAGUUUCAGUAUCAUUCGAGGUUUCAAUGAAUUCUGUCACCCUGAUACCCUAGAUAUUGUACCAAUAGCAACACCUCAUCUCCUCAUAUUCAACUCCCACAAACUCCACCUUCUCAUACCUUUACCAAGUAAUAAUACGCUCGAGAGAGAGAGAAAGAGAAGGAGAGAAAGAAAGAGAAGGAGCGAGUGAGAGAGAAAGAGAGAUGAUCAUGUAUAUAUAAGUAUUGAAGGCGGAGUGUAACUAGAAAAUCCUACACAAGAAAAGAAAGAAAAGAAAGAGAAAAGUAGGAAGUGGCCUAAUGAGAGAGAAGAGAAAAUAAAGAAGAGAAAAAGAAAUAGAGAGAAAGAGAGAGGAUGAUGAUGAAAAUGAUGAUGAUAAUGAUAAUGAUGAUGAGAGUGAUCAUGAAGGAUGAAAAAAUAGAUAUAACAUUAUAAGCUUAUAUCGAUAGCUUUGUUUCCCAGCAUCAACAUCAUCCCAAUAUCAUCAUCAUUCAUAUUAUUACACCAACAACAACAAUCUAAUAUAUCCAAAAGUUAUAUACCUGAGAUUUUGCUAAUUGUUGAACUUGUAACUUUUUUCUCUCCUUUUAAUUAUUGUGAAUUGUGUUAUUUAGUGUAAGUGAAUGUUUAGUGAUCAAUUAAAACUAAUUGGUGAUCAAUGUUUUAAUUUGAUUGGCAAUCAGUGAAACAACAACUUGAACAACAAUUUUGAUUGACUUUUGGUUUUAAUUUUUUUUGUAAAAUCAUAUCGUUUUCGUGUUUAAUUUAUAUAUAUUAUUUCAGAAAUAAUUUGUUUCUCUCACCAUUUUAUUGAUUGUACAUCAAGGUUUCUCUAUAAAUCAAUCACAAUUGAUAAAUUGUCCAAACUCGACGAAAACAUAUUGACAACUAUGUUUCUACUACCAACAUUAAACUUUAGUGUUGCUCAAGUAGCUACGGUUUGUCAAAAUUUAGAGGAUUCGGCUGACAUUGAAAGGUUAAGCCGUUUCCUCUGGUCACUUCCUGUGGCUCAUCCAAAUUGUGCUGAAUUAGCAAAAAGCGAAGCAGUUUUAAGAGCACGAGCUUUGGUCGCCUUUAGCACCGGCAAUUACCGGGAAUUGUACAAUAUACUUGAACAUAAUCGUUUCUCUCGAGGUUCCCAUCCAAAGUUACAAUCAAUGUGGCUCGAAGCUCAUUACGCUGAAGCGGAGAAACUUCGUGGUCGUCCAUUAGGUCCAGUAGAUAAAUAUCGUGUUAGGAAAAAGUAUCCACUUCCUCGAACCAUUUGGGACGGUGAACAGAAGACCCAUUGUUUCAAGGAGAGGACAAGGUCACUUCUCCGUGAAUGGUACUUACAGGAUCCUUAUCCUAAUCCAACCAAGAAAAAAGAAUUGGCCACACAAACUGGAUUAACACCGACUCAGGUCGGAAAUUGGUUCAAAAAUCGACGACAACGAGAUCGAGCUGCAGCCGCUAAAAACAAAUUAAUACAACAACAAAUGCACCAACAGAAAUUGAAUAUGCAUGGACACCAUUCAUCAGUCCAUAAAGAUCGUGAUAGAGAUCAUCAUCAUCAUCAUCAUCGUGAUCGUGAUUCUCAUUCCCAUCAUCGAUCCUCCCUUUCCGGUAAUACAGUUAUUAGUCCUUCCUCAGUAGGAACCAAUGAUACCUCAUCUUUACAUAGAUUCAGCGUUGAAUCAUUAACCGGUAUACGAUCAUCAUCAUCACCAAAUUCAGAGGGUCAUGGCCCGAUAAAUGGAUCAAGGGGCGAUGGUGUAAGUGGCUGUAAAAGAGAACCCUUAGAUCUAACAUCAGAUGAAGAUGGUUCCCUAGGUAGUUUAGGUGAUGGAGAUUCAGAUGAUGAUCUUGCAGAUAUCGACAUAGAUGAUGAUGAUCCUAUUGAUAUUGAUGAUAAACCAGCAUCACCGCCGUUAACUUUUAAUCAAUCACUAAUAAAUUUGGAGAAAAAUUUAAAAGCCUCUGUAGCCAUUGUGGUCAAUAAUCAGUUGACCGGAUCAAAGAUUGUGGAUAAUAAACAUUGAUGAAAUAUUAAUAAUAUAUAACAAUUAACACGCUAAUCAAUCAAUAGAUUAUCUCUCUUUCUGUAACAAUUAACUUCUCAUGUAUCCCUGAGGUAAACAAUUAAGUGGACAAAUCAUGAUAAACAAAUCAUGGUCAUCUCUCUCUCUCUCUCACACACACACUCUCACUACUGCAAAAGCACAAAUCAUGGCAAUUUAAUUGAGAUCCAAUUAUAACUUAAUUUUGUUUUGUUUGUUUAUUUGGUUUAUUGGUGAUUGAGAUAAUCAAGAAUUGGAACAAAAAAAGAAAGCAAAUAAUUUAAUAAUAUCUUCUCAUUAUCCAUUGAUGAUGAUGUUACAAUUAACUAAUAAUCAAUUGAUUGUCCGGUAAACUUUAAAGCAAAGAAAAGGGGAAACCUUUUGUAAACAAAUUCUGGAAGUUAAAUCAAAACAAAGUCAAAGUGAAAUCAGCUGAUAAUUUAUCAUCUCCUUUAAAGAUGAUACAACAUUGGAAGAUAAUUGGAAUAUCAUCUGACCCACUUUUAGAACUUUCUCCUUCAUCUCUCUCUCUCUCUCUCUCUCUCUCUCUCUCUAACAAUCAUGUUCAUCAUCUUCUUCAUCCUCAUCAUCUUUCUCCUUUAUUUUCUUCACAUUCUUUUUCGUACUCAUCUUUUUAUCUUCAUAUUCAUAACUCUUUGCUCUCUCUCUCUUACUCUCUCUCUCUCGCUUCUCUAUCAUCUUCAUCUUCGCUGUCUAUAUAAAUAUUGUUACUGUCUGAAAGAGAGAAGAAAACGAAAAUUCAUCUUUCUUUUCUCUCUGUAAAAAGAAAAUCUCAUCUUCAUCAUCAAAUUAUAAAUACAAUAUAAAGAAAAAAGUUCUAAACAAAAAAAAACAACAAAAUCGAACAAAACUU